UUGUCUGUGAUUUGUCAAUCACUUCUAUUUCGUUUCAGCCGUCUGGUAAAACGGAACACAACAAAUUUCCAGAAAUUUUCGAAAUUUGCAGCAGCGAAAAUGGUUCAUGUGGUACAGAGCAAAGAGGAUUUUGAGCAGCAAUUGUCGAACGCUGGCGACAAACUAAUCGUUAUCGAUUUCUGUGCCAACUGGUGUGGACCAUGUAAAAUAAUCGCACCCAAAUUGGAAGAAUUGGCUGCCCAAUAUACGGAACGUGCCGUUGUGCUCAAGGUCAAUGUGGAUGAGAAUGAGGAGAUCACUUUGGAGUAUAAUAUAACCAGUAUGCCGACAUUUGUGUUUAUUAAAAAUGGUGAAGUACUCGAUAUAUUUGUCGGUGGCAAUUCCGAUAAAUUGGCCAAAUCGAUGGAGAAAUAUGUGGGCGAUGCCGAUGAACCCGAUGAAUUGCAACAACAACAACAACAAGUGGAUUCGGCAUCGGCAUCGGAUAGUGCCGUUAGUGGUAGUACAAUGGGUGAAAUCGAUGAGGAGCCUGGAAAUGGAAAUGUUGACGAUAUGACACGGGAAAUAUCGAUACCAAAUGCCAUCAACGAUGAGCGCGUUCUGGAGAACUAAAUUCAAUCAACGCAAAUCUAAUUACAUUUACAACUCUACACAUCAAAAGCCAGUACCUUUUAAAGAACCCAAAACAUAAGACUUUUCAUCAAUAAAAUGUUCAAUAUUUAGUGCCAAAAAUUGCCAUUAAACUUGACUUGUUGCCAACUUACAAUU